GGGCGGCAGCUGACCCUGACGAGAGCCGCGGUGCUCGUGACAGGCGGACGAGGAGCAGAUCGCUUCCACCACCACCACCACCACGACUCAGCAGCAGCAGCAGCCAUUCACCAUCACCAUCAUGUCAGCUCCCCAGCACUACGAUGUGGUCGUGGUCGGAGCUGGGAUCUCUGGGCUGUAUGCUGCGCGCCACCUCGCACACCACGGAGUCAAGGUCCUGGUGCUGGAGGCGCGCGACCGCGUUGGGGGUCGAACUUUCACCAUCCAGGGCCCCGAGUUCGGCUACGUGGACGUGGGGGGCGCCUACGUGGGGCCCACCCAGGACCGAAUCCUGGGCCUGGCGCGCGAUCUGGGCGUGCAGACCUACCGCGUGAACGAGCGGGAGCGCCUCCUGUACUACAAGCACGGCCGUGCAUCCCCCUUCCGGGGGGCCUUCCCCACGCUCUGGAACCCUUUGGCCAUCCUAGACCUCAAUAACCUCCUGCGCACGCUGGACCAGAUGGGGGAGGAGAUCCCGGCUGACGCCCCCUGGGACGCCCCGCACGCCCUUGAGUGGGAUCACAUGACCAUGAAACAGCUGCUGGACAAACUGUGCUGGACCAAGGUGACGCGGGACUUUGGCACGCUGUUUGUAAACGUGAACGUGACCUCUGAACCCCACGAGGCCUCUGCCCUUUGGUUCCUCUGGUACCUGAAGCAAUGCGGGGGGACGGCGCGCAUCUUCUCCACCACCAACGGAGGGCAGGAACGCAAGUUCGUGGGGGGCUCGUCGCAGAUCAGCGAGCGCAUGGCGGAGUCUCUGGGGGACCGCGUGAAAUUGAGCUCCCCCGUGACGCGAAUCGAACAGCAACAGCCCCCAGGCUCCUCUGGGCGGGUUCACAUCCACACAGAGGGGGGAGCCCAGUACAUGGCCGACUUUGCGGUGCUGGCACUGCCCCCCGCCAUGCUGGCGCGGGUGGAGCUGGCGCCGGCCCUGCCGCCGGUGCGGGCGCAACUCCUGCAGCGCCUGCCCAUGGGGUCCGUGGUGAAGUGCAUGGUGUACUACCGCUCAGCCUUCUGGAGGGACAAGGACUUCUGCGGCACAAUGAUGAUUCUGGACGAGGAGUCUCCCAUCGGUCUCACCAUGGACGACUGCAAACCGGACGGAUCCUACCCGGCCAUCAUGGGUUUCAUUUUGUCCCGGAAGGCGCGGAGGCUCGCAUCGCUGAGCAAGGAGGAACGGUGUCGCAGGAUCUGUGACGUGUAUGCUCGCGUUCUGGGCUGUGAGGAGGCGCGGCACCCCGUGCACUACGAGGAGCGUAAUUGGGGGGAGGAGGCGUUCUCUGGGGGCUGCUACACAGCAGUGUGUGCACCGGGAACCCUCACGGACUUUGCCCGGGGGAUGAGGGAGCCGCUGGGCCGGCUGCACUUUGCUGGCACGGAGACGGCGACGCGGUGGAGCGGCUACAUGGAUGGCGCCAUCCAAGCCGGGGAGCGCGCCGCUCGCGAGAUUCUGCACGAGAUGGGGAAGAUAUCACGGAGCGAGAUCCUCACGGAGCCCGAGCCUUGUCUGGAAGUCCCCGCGUUGCCGAUGCGGCGCUCCCUGCUGGAGCGAGCGCUCCCCUCCGUGGGGGGCCUCCUACGCCUCCUGGGCUUCACGGGGGCCCUGGCGGCCGCCGCCACUACGGCGGCCCUCGUAGCGGGCCGGAGGGGCCACCUCGCCCUGCGCUAGCGGAGACACGGGGCUGGUUGUCAUGGUGACGGGAUGUGUGGUUGUCAUGGUGACGGAGGGGGUUGUCUGGUUGUCAUGAUGACGGGAUGUGUGGUUGUCAUGGUGACGGAGGGGGUUGUGUGGUUGUCAUGAUGACGGGAUGUGUGGUUGUCAUGGUGACGGAAGGGGGUUGUGUGGUUGUCAUGAUGACGGGAUGUGUGGUUGUCAUGGUGACGGAGGGGGUUGUCUGGUUGUCAUGACGACGGGAUGUGUGGUUGUCAUGGUGACGGAGGGGGUUGUCUGGUUGUCAUGAUGACGGGAUGUGUGGUUGUCAUGGUGACGGAGGGGGUUGUCUGGUUGUCAUGACGACGGGAUGUGUGGUUGUCAUGGUGACGGAGGGGGUUGUCUGGUUGUCAUGACGACGGGAUGUGUGGUUGUCAUGGUGACGGAGGGGGGUUGUCUGGUUGUCAUGAUGACGGGAUGUGUGGUUGUCAUGGUGACGGAGGGGGUUGUCUGGUUGUCAUGACGACGGGAUGUGUGGUUGUCAUGGUGACGGGUGCCGUCUCUGAAUAAACCCUCACCUUCA